AUGGGCGAGAAUUGGCCAUCAGUCUACUUCCAUAAAAGGCUCAAACUGUUGCUAGUUAUCUAUGUGGAUGAUCUGAAGAUGGCUGGUCCCACUCAGAAUCUCAAGGAAGGUUGGUCACUCUUGCGUCAGGCCAUCGAGAUAGAGCCGGAAGUGGAUAGUGGUCUCUACCUGGGCUGUGAAAUCCACUAUGGGUCUGAGAAAAUGAGCGAUGGUCAUGAGGUCAGAACGGUGACCUACGAUAUGACUAAGUUUCUUAGUGAUUGUGUCAGCAAGUAUCGCGAUUGCGCUGGAUAUGAAGGUGAUUUUCCAAAGGACGAUGAACAGGUGGACGCCGUUGGCUCCAUGUACGUCUCGGAUGUGAAGCAACAUUCGGAGACUUCAAAUUUUCCUGAUGCAGAUGUGACCAGCCUUCUGGGACAUUCCCGAGGCUCAAAGCCGGAGGUUCUGGGAAGCCUGGGUGGCAUGAUCAUGAGAAAGGAC